CACAGCCAGGCCCCAGGCAGCAAACAAUAAAACGACAAGGAAUAGAAGAAGAUGGCAGAAAAAGUAGUGGAGAUGAGAGGAGGAGAGGAAGAAACAGAGAUCAUAGCAGUGGAAAAUAAGCUGAAAGAGAGAAAGAUAUCAUGGGCAAAGCUGCGUCGCGUGGACUCCCUCAAUUUGGAGGCUGGCAGAGUGUCCACGUCUCAAAUCCAACACAGUAACAUGGUUGAUUGGAAAAGGACAUUGAGUUUGGCAUUUCAGAGCAUAGGAGUGGUGUAUGGGGACAUAGGAACCUCACCCCUUUAUGUAUAUGCAAGCACUUUCCCUGACAAAAUUAAUGCAAAAGAGGACAUUUUUGGGGUAUUAUCGCUAAUCAUUUAUACCAUAGUACUAUUACCCAUGCUCAAGUACGUGUUCAUUGUGUUGAAGGCCAAUGAUAAUGGCGAUGGUGGAACCUUCGCCCUCUAUUCGUUGCUAAGUCGGUAUGCAAAAGUGAGCUUAAUACCCAAUGACCAACCUGAGGACAGGCAGCUUUCCAACUACAAUCUUGAAAUACCUUCCAACCAGUUGAAGCGAGCUGAAAAGAUUAAAGAGAAGCUGGAGAAUUCUAAUAGCAUUAAAAUCAUACUUUUUCUUGUCACCAUUCUCGGAACUUCCAUGGUCAUCGGGGACGGAAUUCUCACCCCUUGCAUUUCAGUUCUUUCAGCGGUGAGCGGAAUCAGCUCCCUUGGCCAAGACGCUGUUGUGGGUAUUUCAAUUGCAAUUUUGGUGGUCCUCUUCUGUGCUCAACAAUUUGGCACCGACAAAGUGGGCUUCUCAUUCGCCCCAAUUAUUCUCCUGUGGUUUUCAUUCAUCGGCGGCAUAGGUCUUUACAAUUUGUUCAAAUAUGAUGUGAGUGUAUUACGUGCUUUCAAUCCAAAAUAUAUGUUCGAUUACUUCAAAAGAAAUGGGAAGCAAGGAUGGAUUUCACUUGGUGGAAUUGUUUUAUGCGUUACAGGUAAGUUGCCAGGUUGUUUUCUUUUUGUUUUUUCCUUUUUCCUUCCUAACCCAUUAGGUUACGCUGCUACAGGCACUGAAGCCAUGUUUGCUGAUCUUGGUCACUUUAAUGUCCUAGCAGUUCAAAUUAGUUUUUCUUGCAUUGUGUUUCCUGCUAUACUAUCAGCAUAUGCAGGGCAAGCAGCAUACCUCACCAAAUUCCCAGAUGAUGUGUCUAAAACUUUCUACAAGUCUAUACCAGAUCGAUUAUACUGGCCAAUGUUCGUUGUUGCUGUAGCCGCUGCAAUUAUUGCCAGCCAAGCCAUGAUAUCGGGAGCAUUUGCAAUCAUCUCUCAAUCUCUGAGUCUUGGUUGCUUUCCCAGAGUCAAGGUUGUUCACACUUCUGCUAAAUAUGAGGGUCAGGUUUACAUACCUGAGGUCAACUACCUGCUCAUGAUUGCCUGUGUUUUCGUCUGUUUGGGAUUCAAGACUACUGAAAAGAUCGGCAAUGCAUAUGGAAUUGCCGUGGUUGCUGUUAUGGUAAUCACAACUUGUAUGGUUACGCUCAUAAUGCUGGUUGUAUGGAGGACAAGGAUAACGUGGAUUGUUCUCUUCUUUGUUGGAUUUAUUUUCUUGGAGGGCAUUUAUCUAUCAUCUGUCCUGUACAAAUUCAAAGAUGGCGGUUACUUUCCACUUGCAAUUUCAUUUUUCCUGAUGAUAGUUAUGGGGAUAUGGCAUUAUAUACAAAAAGAAAGAUAUAUAUAUGAGCUUAAAAACAAGGUGUCCAGCGAAUUCGUUAGAGAAUUAGCUGCAAACCCAAAUAUAAAUAGAGUGCCAGGAAUAGGACUUCUAUACGCAGAGCUUGUACAGGGCAUUCCUCCAAUUUUCCCUCACUUCAUUGCCAACAUACCAUCCACGCACUCAGUUCUAGUGAUUGUUUCCAUUAAGUCUAUUCCGAUAAGUAAAGUAGCAUUGGAGGAGAGGUUCCUGUUUCGACAAGUUGAGCCAAUAGAGUACCGGAUGUUCCGCUGUGUUGUGAGGUAUGGAUAUAAUGAUGCAAUUGCGGAGCCCCAUGAGUUUGAGCGCCAGUUGGUCGAAGGCUUAAAAGAAUUCAUCCGCAACGAAUACUUCAUUCGCGAAGGAGGUACUGAAACAGUGGGCGAGCCAGAGAACCCCCAACAUUCCACUUUACUAGCGAAAGAUGGAAAAGCAAGAGGAUCAGUAGUUUACAUUGAGGAGUCAUUACAGCAGCAGCCUAAUCCAUCUCGGGUUUCAUCAGGUUCCAUCAAGUCAAAUAGUGGGAUUAAGUCGACAAAUUCUUCGAAUGGAAUUAUAUCUGCCACACUCCAAGGGUGUGCUGAAGAAGAAAUGCAGUUUGUGCAGAAGGCAAUGGAGAAAGGUGUGGUUUAUCUGCUGGGAGAAGCAGAAGUGGUGGCAGAACCAAAAUCAUCCUUGUUCAAGAAAUUCAUUGUGAACUAUGCUUAUGGUUUCCUGAGGAAAAACAGCAGACAAGGGGAGAAACUUUUGGCAAUCCCAAGAACCAAGCUCCUCAGAGUUGGAAUGACAUAUGAGAUAUGAUACAGACGCUGUAGCUUAUGCAUGAUAUACUUUUGUCGCAACUAAAAAACAAAUUGUGGGAAAAGAAAAAAGUUGAGUUGCCAUGCUGAAUAUUGUAUGUUUGCUUCUCAGUAUAUUGGCACAUUAAUUAUAAUGAAGACGUAAGAAUUAUUGAA